AUGGAAAAGGAAAGUGUUUGUCUGAAAGACAAUUUGAUCCAGAUGCCAUAUGACUCCACCGACAACUUCGAGGCCCCGCCGCUUUUGAAUGAAUCCAGUGUCGCGGUUUAUUCCUCGCCGAUGAAGACCAACGCGAUGGUCACCUACACCAACACGAAUCAAGCAGUCUCGCAGGUGCAAAGCGUUCAGUUGCACUCAUCGCCUUCCAACCAGCUCCUCUAUCCAGUCCAGCAGGUCACUGGGAUUGUUCCGAUUCAAAGUCAGAAUCUUCAAACAAUUCAAACUUCAGCUGUGCAGCUCUCCCCUGUUUCAAUUGUUCGUGAGGAAGCACCGAUGGUACGGAUUCCAAGGGAAGAAGUCACUUACAUGCAACCAGUGCAUGUCCAGCAAGAACAAAGAAAAAUUGUCAUCGAAAAUGAAGAACCCGUCUUCAGGAGGAUUCCUGUUCAACAGGACCGAAUUGUCAACAGGCAUGAAACCUUGUAUGUCGAGAACGUAAGAGUCAAAGAUGUUGAUGUCGAGGUUCAACGCAUCAACCUACGCGAGGAACCUGUUGCUGUGGAAAAGAUUGACGUCCAAGAAAAACAAGUGCCUUACGACGUUCCGGUUGAGAACAUUAUCGUGAAGGAUGAGAUUAAAGAGGUUCCGGUCGAUCGCUUGAACAUUCAAGAAAUCAGUGUUCCGAUGCAAGACGUGCCGGUGGAGAAGGUUGUUGUACAAGAGAUUCCUGUUCCCAUCGAAAAGAUCAUCAUUCGAGAUGUUGAGGUUCCUGUGGAGAGAACUGUUGAAAGAAUCAUAGAGCGACAAGUUGACAAAGUAGUGAACCAAGAGAGAAUCGUGUAUCAAGACAACAUCAUCUACAAGGAUAGGAAUGUGGAGGUCCCAGUGGAAAGGCUUGUCUGCAAGGGGAAGGAGAAGAUUCAACAGUCGUUCAUUCAAAAUGUCGGAUUCGUCAUGGACAGCACCGGCCAGCUUGAGAGGAACAGUGGAUACAUGCUGUCGUACAGCCAACCAAGAAGAGUGCUUUCCAAUAAUGCCGGAGUUCUCUUCAAGACAAAGAAAGUUGGUCUCGGAAUCUUGCUCAAGAGAAACUCUCAAGGAGAGACGUACAUCCAUGCGCUCCUUCCUGGCUUUGCUGGCGCUGAAUCAGGCGAAGUGCAAGUUGACGACAUCAUAGUCACCAUCGACAACCAGAAUGUCGACAACUGGGACUUGGACGAUAUCAAGCAGCUCACUGUAGGAGACGAGGGGUCAGCCUGUAAUCUUGUUCUCCGGCGGCGAGGGCAGACGCAUGAGCAGGUGAAGCUGAUCCGCAUCGGAAGCUCUCGAGGUCAGCUGGAGAGUUUCGAGAAAUCUCCAGGGGCAACUUGAAGUUAAGCUCCUGGACUGUUGGCGUGCUGACUUGCAGAGGAGUAAAGUUUAGAAACAUUGAAGUUAAUCCUC